AUUAGUUAGUUAGAUUGGCUCUCUAUAAAUAGUAAAUCAUCAUUGCUGUAAGAUGUAACACAAUUCAUAAUGAGAAUUAAUCUUUGCAUAUGAUUUUCAUUUUCUUCAAUCGUUAAUAUGGUAUCGGAGAGACUAAACAACUCUUCGCUGCUACAUCGUUCCUUACUUUUCUGAGAUUUUCUUCAUCUCUUCAAUCAACCAUGGGCGAUUUCUGUCAGAAUUCACAUCCAAAUCAACUCUCAGAUCACCUAAUCAAUCUGACAAAUCCUUUAUUCUUACAUCCUGGAGAAAAUCCUGCCCUAAUUCUUGUCACACCGUUGCUCGAUGACAACAACUUUCAGCAAUGGAAGCAUGAUAUGCUUGUGGCAUUAGAAACCAAAAACAAGGACCAAUUCGUUCUUGGAACCUUACCAUGUCCAGAACCUUUGGAUUCUCUGUAUGAAGCUUGGUGUCGCUGCAACAAAAUGGUGAUGUCAUGGUUAGCUCGUUCAAUGACGCUUUCUAUACGUCAAUCAGUGAUAUGGAUUGAUUCUGCUUCUGAAAUUUGGAGUGACCUAUGUGAUCGUUUCUCUCACGGAGAUAAAUUCCGAAUCGCCGAUCUUCAGGAAGAAUUACAAAAUUGUCUUCAAGGUGAUCUCACAGUCUCUCAGUAGCCAGUACUUUACUCGAUUACGCAUUCUAUGGAAAGAAUUAUCAACGUAUCGAGUUGUUCUUGCCUGUUGUUGCACUGUCAAAUGUAAUUGUGGAAUUCUUCUAAAGAUUCAAAAGGAAAGGGAUGAUGAUUGCAUCAUAAAAUUCUCUUGAGGUCUUAAUGAUCAAUUUGCUCAAGUCAGAUCUCAGGUGAUGCUCAUGGAACCAUCACCAGCUCUGAGUCGUGCAUUUUCUCUUGUAACUCAACAAGAACGAGAAUUUGGAGGGGGACAUGCUUCUGAUACCUCUCAAGAAAUUGCAGCUAAUAUCGUUUUUAAUGCUAAUACAACUCAGAAUAAUUCCAAUUCUCGUGGUGGUUUCUCCAACAACCGUGGUGGUUCUUCUAGUUCUCGUGAUGGCCUUUCUGGUAGAUCCACAAACAAUGGCAGAAACAACAAAUUCUGCACUAAAUGUCAUCGAACCAAUCACACCAUAGACACUAGUUUCUUAAUCCAUGGAUAUCCACCAGCUUACAAAAACAAUGGCAAUAACACAUCUAGACAAAACCAGCCUUCUGUGAAUACCACUGACAUUGUAACCUCAUUUGCUCCAGCAAAUUCAACUCAGGAGGAAAAUAAACUUCAGAACACAUUCAGUUUCUCAAAGGAUCAGUAUCAUGCUCUUCUGGCCUUGCUCCAACAAUCUCCAAAUCCAUCUUCUUCUGUUAAUAGUGUUCACAAUUGCCUUGUGAAUACUCCAGGGUUGGUAUGUUUUAGCCUUCGGGUGGGAUGAUUUAUAAUGCUUGAGAGCUGCAGCUUGUUUAUGUGGUUGUGUUCAUGGAUUUACAACACUAGAGACAUUGCCCGAGGUUGAGCUUGGUGGAGGAAGCAUCUCAUCUUGAAGUGAUCAUUGAUAUGGCACCUCUCCGUUCUGAUUAUCGGGGUACUACUAUAUGCCUCUCUAAAUAAGAAAAUUGAAGAAUUUGUGAUGAAAUUUUCCUUCAUGUGAUAAUUCACAGUAUAAAUGCUUUAAUAAAUCGUAUUUGAUUCAAGUAACUGUUGUCCGGAGUCUUCCAGAUUCAGCUUCAUGGUAGGAUAUAAAAGAAAGUAAGAUGAUCUCUUGAGAUUUUAUUUUUAUUUUUAUGGUUUACUCAAGGUAGUCAAAGUCGAAAGGCGCACUUGAAGCGCUAGUGGCCUCUCAGCGCCUGAGACGCAAGGCGCAAUAAAGCGCUCGCCUGACUCGGGUGAAGCGCAUUACUUAGAUAAUAUCACAUAUACUAUUCUAUAAUUACCAAAUAUGAUGUAUGUAACAGCGUAUUGAACCAAAUGCAUAAAAAGCACAAAGCACCACUGACAACCCUUGUUCCACCUUCCAUAUCCUGGAAAAGCACAAAGCUGGAAUUAUUUAAUACACUAGAAAACAGAUUUGGAAAACCACAAAGCUGAGUACAUAUGUAAUAUAUUUGUGGGUCAAACACUCGAACAUGGCUGCUCAAUAAUGAAAAACACAAACCUGGUUGUGUGUUUAUCAUGUUCUUUUAGUUUUAAAAUUUGUGUUUGUCAUGUUUUGUGUUGUAAAAGGUGGAUAUCCACUUUGAUAAACAUGUUUUACUCAGCCCUUUGUUAACAGCCAUGUUUUACUUUGGUUGGGUCAAAGAGAGUAGUAUCUUUAGAAGCUGGUUGUGCGUUUAUCAAAGCUGGUUGUGUACUUGUGUGUUUAUCAAAGUUGGAUAUGCACUGACCUAUGGCAGAGUAAUAUCUUCAUUAAUAUCUUUGUUUAUAUACAGAUUAUUGUUGGAAAAAGUUAAAAAACACAGAAUUGAGUAUAUAUCUUUAGAAAACCAGAAAGAUUAAGAGUAAUAUCUUUAGAAAACCACAAAGCAGAGUACGUAUAUUUAUGUACUAUGAGUAUUAUAUACAUACUAAUAUACCAAUACAUAGUAUUAUUACUUUAUUACACAUAUACACUAAUAUUUAGACACUAGUGUAGUAUGAGUAUUUGGAUGAAGAGGACUGCAUGAAAAAAAAACACAUACAUUGUUUAGUGUUGUGAGGGAGAACUGAGUUUGCUUGAGAUGGUGAUGAAAGCUGAAAGAACAGACUGGUGUAUAGCAGCUUGAGUGUCGAGUGAGGAGAGCGAGAAUGGCUAGCGAUGAUAGCUGUAGUGUUUUGCGCAAGUUUUACGUUAUUUACAUACUUAGACUCUUAAUUUUACGUAGGUUUUACUGGUUUUACCCUAUUAUCUUCAUGGGUUGAGUGUUAUUAAAGAUAUGGGCUAAAUGGUUAUGAAAGUUUUAAAGAAAAAAAGGCCAUCAGCCUUUUCCGUCCCAGGCGUGCGCUUCAGCGCUUCAUGAGCCUCCUGCGCUUAGGUUGCGCCUGACCCUGGUAUGCGCGCUUCUCCUAUUCUCAGGCGCUGGGGGUGUUGGUCGUUGCGCCUUGUGCGCUUAAGCGCUGGGGCGAGCGCUUUUGACAACCUUGGGUUUACUUGAUUGCAUGUUGAAGUGUUGGCAGUGAUAUGGGACGAAUUAUUGGCAGGAGGCUAAGAUUUAACCGUAAAAGACCAUAGUUAAUGCGUGCUAAAGUCACAAGGUCAUAUGAUUUGUGUUCUUCUAUUUAUACACGGAUGCAGAAAAAGUAAAGUAAAGCAUGCUCAAAGUUAAACAUUAUGAUUGAGAAACUAUGCAUUGGGGCAUCUUCGUCUCUAUACAAGGGAGGUUUAAGGCCCCCUUCAUCUUACGUUUUCAUAUCACCUUUGGAUGCUUUGUUUAAGGUUUUAAUUUGAGAUGCUUUAUUUGUUUUCAUACUUAUUUUCAUGAUUUUCAUCUUAAUUUGUUAAAAAUGAAUAGUACUUGGUGACUACAUGGACAAGUAAUACUUGGGAUGAAUAGUACAUCCAAUUUUGUUUAUUACGAAAUAUUGCCUUUCGGUAAUUAGAGGUGACUUGUUAACAGUUGUGUGUUUGUUACUUUUCAGUUUACUGAUUGCCUUCAUUAACUUGAUAUAUUUAUAUGUUUCAUUUUCCCUGCCAUUUACAGGUGUCUUACAGUAUCGCAGCCGAAGCCUUGGUUGUGGAUGUCAAGCCAGAAACACGUUUGCACGGCCAAAACUUCCCCUAUGAAGUUUAUCUGGGUGUUUUGUUAUCGCUUUAUCUCAUCUCUAUGUGAUGUUUUGUUUGAUCUUUCUGAACCAAACAUUCAAACUGAAAUUUUAAUUGCCUACAUUGAUAUAAUAGACAACACUGGCCUGUUUUAUGUCACUUUGCUUUUGUGAUGUAUUUGCAUUUGCACAUCUUGCUUAUACAAUGCAACUUUUUCGUUUUUUCCUAAGAUUGGGCAUCAACCGUCGCGCAACGCGCGCGCUCACGCUAGUGUAUAUAUAUACUAUAUAUAUAUAUACACUAUAUGUAUAUAGUAUAUACUAUCGUAUAUACUAUAUAUAUAUAGUAUUUUGAGGUGUUGAUUGUAUUGAUAAAUAUUUUCAAUAGCACUGUAGAGGAUCAAUCUCUGGAUCAGAUUUGUUAUCUUUCAUGCUCAUGUAACAUAAAUAAAAAGAUUCAGUUUUAGUAGUUCUGUUUUCUCCAUUUGAUUGGCAUCCUAUUGUAGAUAAAUUCGGCGAUUUGGGAUGCAUCUAGGCAUAUUAUUUCUGCACUUCUAGCAUGUUACUUAUCCAAUUUUUUUAAGUAGUUAAUAUGUACCCUUAUCUAUUUUUUAUGUAAAGAAAUGCGGUGAUUGUUUGCUUUUGUUCAUAUAUUUAUAAGAAAAAAUAACAUUCAAGAUGAGCUAUACAGGAAUGGAAUGAUGAGACAACGAUAUUCAACAAUGAAGAAUGAGAGGUAGAAGAUGAAGGCAGUUGAGAAGAAAUAAAUGGAACACAAUGGGCCACACAGAACAUACAAUAUAUGACGCAUUUACAAAAUGAAAUUGCUAAUAGAUUAGUAGGAAAUGCUUAAAUGAAAUUGCUAAUUUGUAAUGCUCUUGAAUUUAUAUUGUUUGUGUUUUCUGAACUUGUUUGCUAAAUAAAUUGAUAUUAUAAUAAAUUUGGUGCAAUUGGAUUAGAA